AUGGAAUUGAGCGACCGAGAAGGGUUCGUGCGCGCGUGCUUGUCGAAAAGUCCAAAAUCGUUUCACCAGUUCGUCGUCGAAUCGUGCGAACGCGUCUCCCGCGUUUUUGACGAAGAAAAGAAAAAGGAGAACAACAUUUCGAACAACACCGAGGAGGAAACGAUCAUAGAAGACGGCGUUAGGAUGAUUUUAAUCGAAACGGCGAGGUUAAACGUGCAAAGAGACGAGUUAGAGCGGACUUUGAAGGAGGAGAUUUUCUUCUCGUCAGAAGCAAAAGAAGAAGAAGAAGAAGGAGAUGAAGGAAAAAAUCUUCUGACGAGGACAUCUGACGCUCUCGUGGACGGUGUAUACCCUUUCGUGAAAGGUGUUCAAAAUAUACUCGGAGAAAUGGAAGAAGACGAAGGCAGGGUAGAUGGUAGUGGAGGAACGAGUCGCGGAAUAAAACGUUUGGAAUCGUGCGAGGUGAGAGUGGACGCCGUCGUCGCGGAGAAAAACUCGAGCGAGUACCGAACGCGGUUGGAAAACCGCUGGCACUUUGCAGAAGAAGAUAGCGAUGGCUUGAAAAGAAGGUCAGAGUUGAAGUUUGCGUGCAGCGAAGAAGAAGGUGAAAUGCUAUCGAACGCGCUGAAAGAAGCGCUGAGAGCGGCGGAAAAUGCCCGAUUAUGA